CCAUUAACUGAUCUAUAUACAAAACUCAGAAGAAAAAGAAAGAGAAAGAGGAAGAGAGAAGAUGAUAACAGGAGAUGAUUUCUACAAGGUGAUGUGUGCAAUGGUGCCUUUGUAUUUUGCAAUGCUGGUUGCAUAUGGGUCAGUGAAGUGGUGGAAGAUAUUCACACCAGAGCAAUGUUCAGGGAUCAACAGAUUUGUUGCUGUUUUUGCAGUCCCAGUUUUAUCUUUCCACUUCAUUUCUCAAAAUAAUCCAUACCAAAUGGAUACCAAGUUCAUAUUAGCUGAUACACUCUCUAAGAUCAUAGUCCUUGUUGUUCUCUCAGUUUGGGCUGUUUUCUUUAAUGGAGGAUUGGAUUGGCUCAUCACUCUCUUCUCAGUCGCAACUUUGCCUAACACUCUUGUCAUGGGCAUCCCUUUGCUCAUGGCCAUGUAUGGAGAUUUCACUCAGAGCCUUAUGGUGCAAGUGGUUGUUCUUCAGUGCAUCAUAUGGUACACUCUUUUGCUCUUCCUCUUCGAGUACAGAGCAGCAACCCUCCUAAUCAAAACCCAGUUCCCAGGACCCACAGCAGCCUCCAUUACCAAAAUCGAACUCGACAAUGAUGUCAUCUCCCUCGAUGGCAGGGACCCACUCCGCACUGAAUCUGAAACCGACGGCAACGGCCGAAUCCGAGUUCGUAUCCGCAGGUCCACUUCCUCCGCCCCAGAAUCCGCCCUAUCAUCCUCCAUCUGCCUCACUCCUAGACCCUCAAAUCUCUCCAACGCAGAAAUCUUUUCUGUCAACACCCCUGCGCCAUUUUAUGAAUACAGUAUAAAUCCUAAUGCGAAUAAUGGUUACACUCAUUACAAUCAUGGACCAAACAACGAGAUAAUAAUAUGUAAUGGGGACUUGGGUUUCGGAUAUCGGUCCGGAACGAGUCCUAGACUAUCGGGAUACGCUUCAUCGGAUGCUUACUCGCUGCAACCCACGCCAAGGGCGUCGAAUUUUAAUGAGCUGGAUGUGACGAACGCCGGGGGUACGCCAUACUGGGUCAGGUCUCCGGUUGCCGGGAAAUUUUUCAGGCAGCCGUCCCCGGCGGUUCCAGAUGUCAGAAUGGUAUGGGGAGAGUCGCCAGGAAAGUGUCAAAAUGGAGGAGCAGGCGCCGGCAAAGAUAUUACAGAAAAGGAAAUUAGCUUUAGAGACAGUAGCAAAACGGCAGCGCUUGAGGAGACUAAUUCAAAAGAAGCAGCAACUGACCAAGAAAUGCCUCGUGCUUUUGUGAUGCUGAAGCUCAUACUCAUUGUAGUAGGACGGAAGCUCUCUCGCAACCCAAAUACAUAUUCUAGUGUGAUAGGCCUUCUCUGGUCUUUAAUCUCAUUCAAAUGGAAUGUGGGAAUGCCAAGCCUGGUAAAAAACUCUAUCAAAAUCAUUUCAGAUGCAGGACUUGGAAUGGCCAUGUUCAGUUUAGGGUUGUUCAUGGCCCUUCAACCUCGAAUAAUUGCAUGUGGGAAGAAAAGGGCAACAAUGGGAAUGGCAAUCCGAUUUAUUUGCGGUCCCAUAGUGAUGUCAGCCGCUUCUGUCGCCGUUGGUCUAAGAGGAGUUCGGUUACGCGCCGCCAUAGUCCAGGCAGCUCUUCCACAAGGGAUUGUACCGUUUGUUUUCGCAAGGGAAUAUGGAUUACAUCCUGACAUUUUAAGCACAGGGGUCAUAUUUGGGAUGCUAGUUGCUUUACCAGUAACGCUGCUCUAUUACAUAAGCCUAGGGCUUUGAGGAGAAAAAGGAGAAUCCAAAGCAUGAGUUCAUCAAUGGCAUUAAUUGUCCCUACCAAUGGUUUGGUUGAUGAUCCAGCCAUUAUAUAGCCUUCCAUUAGCAAGAUGAGUGUUUUGUUUUUAAUUAUUUUUUGGAAUUAUUGUACACGUUCCUGUGCAGAUUGACUAGAAAAAAGGGGUUGGAGGUCAAAAAAAAGAAAAGCCUGAAAAGAUGGUGUUAGGUUAUAUAUUGAUGGCGAGUACAUAGGGUAGUGGUAACCGAAAGGAAAAUGGGAAAUUAUGAUGACUUAUGAUGAAGGUAGGAGACUCACUUUCAUGUCUGCAGGUGGGUAAAGUUGUUGCACAUCCAAGGAUGCUUCACACAACUAAAGAUUUAUAUAUAUUCUAUUGUGUAUGAAAAUUGAAAAGAGAGAUCAAAGAGAAGCAGAAUAUAUAUGAUUUCUACUUUUUCUUUGUUUUA